AUGUUGAGUCGACGGUUAGGAGCGCUGUUCGCGCAGGCGAAGGAAUCGACGGGCAUCGUCGGCCUUGAUGUUGUCCCCAACGCGCGUCAGGUGCUUAUCGGCCUGUACAACCAAACCCUAAGCGCCGUUCAGGUGAUUCCUCAGGAGGUUGUGUACAGACAGAACGUGGAGGCGCUGACGCGGCACCGGCUCGCGGUGUGCGAAGAGGAGCAGGAUGCGGAGCGGAUUGAGGCGCGCGUGCAAUGCGGACAGGUGGAGGAGCUGAUCGAGCAAGCUAAGGACGAGCUAGAACUGAUUCCUAAAAUGGCCGAGUGGAAGCCAUGGGAGGUCCCAGAAGGCCACAAGAUUGAAAUUGAGGAAACUUUUGGAGAUGUCCCUUCCCAUCGAGACCCCUUCGGGGAUCUUGAUUGCUUGGACCUCAAGUCCAGCAAAAUCACGCAUCGCGCACUAUGUGUCUUUCCAACCUCGGAUCAGAUUGAUCGCGCCUCGUCGCGUUCGCGUGAGAAAGAUCUCACCUAUUUCUACCCCCUCCCGGUUCCCCUUUCCCUCGUCGCUCCCGUCAUGGCCAAUACUCAGGGCUUCGAUGCAGUAAUGGCCGACAACGGAGCUCACGUCCCCUCCGUGAGCGACCUCCUUCCGGACGAGGGCCAGUCGCCGCAGGCCAAAAAGAUCUGCAUGGGGGAAACCUCGUCAUCUGCUCGACCUGCUCCAGUGCCCGUCAUGGACCCGGCUGCCGACCCUGAAGCGGCUCCGGACCUCACCCUCAACGGAUUGGAGUCCAGUGCGGCGCCCGCUCCGGUGCUGCACGGUCCUUGCCGUCGGCUGCGUCGCAACCGCGAUGUCGUCGGUGAGGUUGUACAUAACCUGGUACGCGACACGCACACGCUGGUCACCAUACUCUUUCCUGAUAACCUGGCUGAACAGCAUCGCAGCAAAAUCAUCGCUCGUGUUCGCGCUGGCUUGCGUCCCGCCUUCUUUACACACUCUAACCAUGUGCCAACGUUUGAAUCCGCGCCGGGAGAAGUGCUCCGCCUGUCCCGCCGCUCGUACGCACGCCACGUGUUCCAACUCCCCACCAGGGAUGACGCCAGGGGCUUUCGCAAGGCGUUCCCUAUGACCUACCACUACAACGGGGUGAGCGGGGUCCGCCAGCUCCUCACAACGAGCCGCACGCCGGAGGAGCGGAAAUGGCUUUUCGACAUCCGGGCUUUUCACAAGGCCUAUGAUCCGUAUGAAGAAAGUUCGCAGCCGCAGAUGAUGGGGCUGCCCAUUGCGGAGACCGACGAUCCGUUCUUCGAUAACAUCCCUGCCGUGCUGUGGCUCGAGGACGCCACGCUUCCCAUGAUCAUCAAUUUGUCAUGCCAUGCGUGUGACAUCUGCACGAGUAAUCACAGGACGCGUGAUCACCAGUGGUUCGCUGCUACCCGCAGCAGACGCCUCGCCAACCGAUUCACGAUCACGGUAGCUCAGCUCCAAAGUGUCAACGCCAAGCUGCUUGGGCAGACCCCUGUCCCGCUGGCAGUCAAAGCAGACCCGGGUGUCCUGUACAUCGGAUCAGAGGACGACGUGGAGCUCUGGACUUGCGCCAUAUGCGACUUCGAAUGUGGGCCUGCGAUCGACAGCGCCUUCGAGCACAUCCGCUCGCCCGGGCAUGGGCUGCGCCUCAUGCAGACGGAAACCGAGCCGACUGCGCUGGAAACCUUGGGGCCCAUGAAGGUGCACGACCUCCGCCAGCGCCAGGAGAUUGCAUCUUUCUUAGCAUCACUGCUGUGA